GACACUCACAGGUCUUCGACCUCGAAGAUUCCAGUCGGGACAUUGCGAAGACCUGUUUGGCAAAGUGCAGAGCGGAGCUCUCACGGUCAGAGGUCAGUUGAGGAAACUUACGGCCAAGAACAUUAUGCCCGAGUGGACGAAUGAAAGCCCAAACUUCUAUGAUGAAUUCGCAGACGUGAAUGAGAAAGAAAGUAAGGUUAAGGCCGUCGCCUUCGAUGUGACAGAUGAAGCGCAAGAUGCCAUAUUCGGUCUUGCGUGUGCCAGAAUAGGUCAAUAUCCACAAGUUUUUGGAUUAGCGCUUAUUCCAGUUCACGGUGAUCUGGAAGGACGCCCGUUCAAGGGGAUUGGGCGAAUUAGGACAUCCGAACGAGCCUGGAGAGAAGACGCCCCUACAUCAGAGGUCACCAUUCUAUGAGUGAGAGAUGUCACUGUGUAUUCUAUGAACUGAGACACCUUAGUACUAUAGACAAGGACAGACUGUGGGAAAGAUUCUUUUGGCUAUCGGUUCAUGUGCAGACCAACCGCUUCCUCUUGCAGUUACUAUCUAGUAUUUUGUAGGCUGGUCUCCCAACU